CGCGCCUCGGACUAGCCGCUGCUGGAGCAGCAGCAGGAGUAGCUAGCAGCAGCCGCCGCCCCCGGGGCUCGCUGGCCGUACCCGGAUGUGAGGUGACCCGUCGGCUCCAGUUGGAACCUCGGCCGAGGAUGAAGAAGAUACUUCAUAUUUUGCUGAGCUUUCCUUGUGGAGCUUCCUUUCAGAUAAUUAUUAAGAAAACCUGGCAAUCCAAUUUUUAAAAGGUGAUCUCUCCAGCCUUUUUGCAAGGUAAAAUGUAAUGUGCCAAGAGCAAGUUUAUAAGGAAUGCUUUUGUUACAUUUUCAGAAGUUAAGGUGGCUGAAGUUACAUCCUUUAGGGAAGAAACUAAAUGGCAGCACAGAAAAGGAAAUCUACAUUAGUAGAACAUUCUGCUAAAAGGAGGAAAUUAGAUAGCAGCAGGCUGACAAACUCAGCAAACAGAGAGAGAAACAUCGCAACACGGCAUGUAUCAAAUAAAUCAAAGUCAAAUAACUGUAAAGUACAGAAGAAAAAAUCUCCUAAAACCUUUGUCAAAGCUGACAGGUCAGUGACCAAUAAAACCACCAAUAAUUUUGCUAGGUCUUCGUAUCAAACUAAAUUAGUUGAAAAGGCACAAUCUGAACUUGAAUUAGAUAGAACCACUCAUAAAACUUUACCAUUAACAAAAUCAGCAUUAAAGUCUCCAAAUAGGAUAAAUUCUGCUCAGACCUCCCCCAAAUCCUCCAAAAUAAAACGUAAGAAUCCUCCAGGGUCCAGUCAUACUACUUCUAGUAAUGCCCCAGGAAAGGCAAAGAAGUCUAACUUGAGUGAGUCUAAAAUUUAUUUUGAAAAUGAAUGUCAGCAUCAAUUGAAAGCAGAUUUUAAGAAUAGUUCUGGAAUCCAGAGCAUUAAAAAUACUAGGCAUUCAGUAUUAGAUUCUACAAGGACAUUUAAAAUUACACGAAGGAGCUCUGAGUCAGAAAUGAAAUCUACAUUUCAAAUCAAAAGAAAAUCAAAAGAAAACAAUUCUGAUACAUCAGCUAAAAUAGUGAAAAAUAAUAGUCAAAAAGGACGAGUUAAAAAUUCUCAGAGGAAUCUAACAAAAUCAGCUAGCAAGGAAUUAGAAAAACCAUUGAAUAAAUCUUCCAGUGACAGUAACAUAAAUGAGUCUGAACUAGUAACACACAUGGCCACAAGGUCAUCAAAGACUGUCUUUAAUGAGAAAAAAUCUAACUGUAUUCACAAAACCCAGGUGAUUGUAAAGAAACAUUCACAAGAACUAAGACAAAAUAGGAAAUCUCCGAAAAAAUUAGUGCAAGAAACUCCUAAAUCAAAAUGUGGAAAUCGGUUGAAUGAACAGCUUAAUAGGAGAUCACAAAGACUACAACAAUUAGCAGAUGUUUCGACAAAGUCCUUACGUAACCGAGAAAUUAAAAGUCAGGUUCUAGAAGUAAAGCAAAGUAUUUCAACUAAUAUAACAGAGUCCUGUAGCAAAGCUAAAACUAAGUCUAGUCAAAUUGAGAUUGUGCAGAAAAAUGUGAAACGAAAGCUCACAAGCCCUCCUGACUCUAAAGAUAAUGAAAGCAUAGUGAGUGAAGUAUCAAAUUCACCAAAAGGAAAGAAAUGCAGGGUAAAUCACAAAUUAGAUGGUACCUGUGGUCCUCAACACAAACAGAGAUCUGCAAAAUAUCAACUUGAAAUUAAAAAAGAAGAAACAAGUCUAGUGCCUGUCAUCUCUUCUCAAGUCAAAAAAGCAAAGAUGGUUACUUCUCCGAGUUCAAAAAGGAAUGAGGAAAUGAAUAAGAAAGAAUUAAUUCAUUCAAAAAUAAAAAGCAGACCAAAAUCAAAAAAUUCACAACCAACAGAACCUGAAGGAAACACAGAUAAACAUCAAGAGGAAGUUGUAAAGACCAAACGUGUUAGUAUUCUUGAGCUAUGUGAAGAAAUUGCAGGUGAAAUUGAGUCAGAUACAGUUGAGGUAAAGAGAGAAUCUUUAUGUACUGAAAGUGUAAAAGAGGAUGAGAAUCUGACAAAAUUGGAGCCAACUGAAGUUGAAACACAGGUUAUUACUCAGAAGGAACCAAAUGAAAAUACUCAAUGCAAACGUUUUUUCCCCAGUAGAAAAGCCAAUCCUGUAAAAUGUGUAUUAAAUGGUUUAAACAGAUUAGCUAGUAAGAAAUCCAAAUGGACCAAAAUUAAACUAGGAAAAGCCAACCACUUGCAUCAGAAUAGUUUAACUUCUCCAGUUGCUCCUAAAUUGGACCCAGUAAAAACUAACCCUAAACUUCCACAAGCCUCAAAUCAUCUGGAAGCUUCAGAAAUACAUCAUCCAAAAAGUCAAAGCCAAUUGCUAAUGCUGAAACCAUGUGAUGACAAAGAUUUCGCAUGCCAGCAGGAAAAACAAAAAGAGAUUUAUUUUCAAGAAGUCAAAAGUAAUGCUAAAACAACUGAAAAGAACAGAACUGCAGAGAGGGCUGCUGAAAAUGGUCAGCUGGAUAAUCAAAUAAAACAUCCUCCCAAACCAUCAAUGGAUAAUCAGAUGAAACAUUCUCUUGAACCAACACUUGAUGAGAAUUUCAGCUUAUAUUUGGAAUCUAGCCCAGAAAACACUCCAAUGAAAAAUGCUGCAGUAGUGCCACCUCUUCUUAAUCAAGCCAAAAAUCAUACAGGAGAAAGUAAAUCUCCAGAUAUAACUCCUAAGCAGCUGAUAAGCACUUUUAAUAACCAAAUAUCCAAGACCAGUGAUAACAGGGUGAGUUUGCCAAACCAUGCAUCAUCAACAAAGUACAGUUCCCCUUUGGAAAUAAAGAUUUCAAAAGAUUUGAAACUAAAAGAAACUGAGAAGGAUGGUGAUAAGCAGUUGAUCAUAGAUGCAGGACAAAAAAGAUUUGGAGCAGUUUCAUGUAAUAUUUGUGGAAUGCUUUACACAGCUUCAAAUCCAGAAGAUGAGACGCAACAUUUGCUAUUCCACAACCAGUUUAUAAGUGCUGUAAAAUAUGUGGGGUGGAAAAAGGAAAGAAUUUUAGCUGAAUACCCUGAUGGAAAGAUAAUAAUGGUUCUUCCUGAAGACCCAAAGUAUGCACUUAAAAAGGUUGAAGAAAUUAGAGAGAUGGUAGACAAUGACUUGGGGUUCCAGCAGGCUCCACUCAUGUGCUCUUCUAGAAUUAAGACCCUCCUCUUUAUUUCUAAUGACAAAAAAGUUGUUGGCUGCUUAAUUGCAGAACAUAUUCAGUGGGGCUAUAGAGUAAUAGAAGACAAAGUCCCAGAUGUCAAUUCAGAAAAUGAUAAAGUCAUAUUUGAACGGCAAAAAGCCUGGUGCUGCUCAACAUCUCCUGAACCUGCUGUCUGUGGAAUUAGUCGUAUUUGGGUGUUCAGCAUGAUGCGACGAAGAAAAAUAGCUUCUCGAAUGAUUGAAUGUCUAAGGAGCAACUUUAUAUAUGGCUCAUAUUUGAGCAAAGAAGAAAUUGCUUUUUCAGAUCCUACCCCUGAUGGGAAACUCUUUGCAACCCAGUACUGUGGCACUGGCCAGUUUCUGGUAUAUAAUUUUAUUAAUGGACAAAAUAAUAAUUCUUAAUGGAAUCUUGCUUUUGUUGUUCUGAUCACAUCUGCUGGAUAUCAUGGAUUGGUUGCUGACUUUAACCAGGAACUAGGGCCAUUUUUCUUACAGUGAACUCAGGACUGGUAACAACCAAAAGGUUGUUCCAUUUUAAUAAAAUUGGAAACAAUGCAGUAAUAGCUUAAUUUUUUUGUUUUUUUUUAAAAAGAAGAUAUUUUGUUAUCUUUUACAGAAGUUUAUGAUUGUAUUUUAUCUAGAGUUAUUUAGUCAUGUUUACAUGCAGCAGAUAAUUGUUCAUAGUGGACUGUAAACUAAUGCAAGGACUAUGGUCUCAGUGAUGAGUAUAUGUUGAAGUUCCUAAUACAGUAAUAUAUCAGUGCUGCUUGGUACUGUACCUUUUUUUAUACUGAACUGCUGAUACUAAUUUUGCUUUUUAAGCAGGAGUCUAAAGAUUGUAUUUUAAUGGAACUUAAGUGCUUCUGGGGACAUUAUUAAAGGAGGGACAACACUGUUUUUUAGGAAACAGUGGCCAAGUGAAAAGCUCCCUGAUGUUUGUAUGCAAUUACAACUUGGCCUCAUUUGCACGUGCAUUGAGGAAAUAGGAAUGAUGUGAGAUGCUAGUCCCCCCCCCAAUCACACUGUUUUCUUGAUAGGAAAGAAUGAAGUAGGAGGUAGUCCGAAGAGUGUUGGGCUUUCCGUUCGGAAAGUUUCCUAGAAUUUCAUGGUGGGAAUAAACUGUAGGAGCACACACAAUUUCACAUCUUGCUCCCACUUGUCAUGAAAUGUCCAACUGUGUAUCCUUUAAGAAGAUAAUAGCCCAAUUUAUGUAGUUUUCCAAAUUCCCAAAAAGGAUUUUUAUAAUUUAUCGCUGAGGUCAAAGCUUAAUAAGAAUGACCUUGGUAUCUGCUUUAUUUUCCCUCAAAAAUUCUGCACUGAAUAUAUGCCUUUAUUACUGGACUUCACUUUUAUACUUGUCUGUAUAAUGCCCUCCACUUUUAAAGGGUUUAUAUGUUGAAAAACUGCUGUGGCCUUUAUUGAUCUGUAUAUAAUGUAGAAUAAAAGAAUAAAUAACUUGAUAGUUUUUUUUUCUAAACGA